AUGGGCGUCCGAGAUUCCCACGGUGAGGCGACGGGGACGCCCGACCCCGUCGAGAAGGGGUUCGCUACCCUCAACACCAUCCGGAUCGGUGUGAAGGCCAUGGUGCAGAAGGAUGGAGAACUACGCAAGGCGGAGAUUCUUUCGAUCAGACAGCGCAAGGACGGGCCUUCGUUCUAUGUGCACUAUGUCGACUUCAACAAGCGUCUUGAUGAAUGGGUUGCAUCUUCGCGAAUUGACUUGACCCAAGAGGUCGAGUGGCCCCAACCAGAAAAGACCGACAAGAAGAAGGCCGCCUCCACCAACAAGGCGCCUAGCAAGAACCCCAAGCAACAACGCGUUGGCGCUGAUAGUCGCGAGCAGUCCGGCACCCCGGACGCUCUGGGCGGCAAGAACAUGAAUGUCGGCAAAGCUUCACGACCCUCCAAAGCCGGCGGUAAAGAGAACCAGGAUAUCCCGACCCCGGGUGAUAUCUUCGGGUCCGAGGCCGUCUCCGCUGAUGGCACGCCCAGGGCCGGCGACUCAGAAGAUGUGGAAAUGACCGAUGCCCAGGAUGAGAAGAUCCCCAACGAAGAUGAAGUGAAGACCGUCUCGGGUGAGGUCAUUACCCGUGAGGAGGAAAUCGAGCGUCUCCGUACAAGCGGCAGUAUGACCCAGAACCCAACUGAGAUUCACCGAGUGCGAAACUUGACCCGUCUUCAAAUGGGAAAGUUUGACGUCGAACCGUGGUACUUCUCACCGUACCCUGAUUCCUUCUCAGACGUGGAUCUGGUCUACAUCGACGAAUUCUGCCUGAGCUACUUCGAUAACAAGCGUGCUUUCGAGCGUCACCGCGCAAAGUGCACGCUGGUUCACCCGCCCGGCAACGAAAUCUACCGCGAUGAGCACAUAUCUUUCUUCGAGGUCGAUGGACGUCGCCAGCGGACCUGGUGCCGAAACCUUUGCUUGCUUAGCAAGCUGUUUCUCGACCAUAAGACCCUCUACUAUGAUGUCGACCCUUUCCUUUUCUACUGCAUGUGCACUCGCGAUGAGACCGGCUGCCACCUUGUCGGCUAUUUCUCUAAGGAGAAGGACUCCGCCGAGGGUUACAACCUGGCUUGUAUCCUGACGUUACCGCAAUACCAGCGUCGUGGGUUCGGCCGUCUGCUCAUUUCUUUCAGCUAUGAGCUGAGCAAGCGUGAAGGCAAGCUCGGCUCGCCUGAGAAGCCGCUUAGUGAUCUGGGUCUCCUUGGUUAUCGACAGUACUGGCGUGAGACACUUGUCGAGCUGCUGAUGGAGCCAAACCGAGAGGCCAUGAGUGAGAAUGAGUUGGCAGUCUUGACCGCCAUGACUGAGAAGGAUGUCCACGAGACACUGGUUGUCUUCAAUAUGCUCCGAUAUCACAAAGGAAACUGGGUUAUUGUUCUUACGGACUACGUUGUUUCCGAGCACAACAAGCGUCUUCAGAAGGAGAAGGUUAAGGGUGCGCGCAAGAUCGACCCGACCCUUCUGCAGUGGAAGCCACCGGUCUUCACGGCUUCUAGCCGUACUUGGAACUGGUAG